UCUUCCAACAUCACUGGGACUUGAUUAGCAUCCUGAUCUUGGGACAUUUGAAAUAGCCUGGUUUUUAUCCUUCUUGUAGUUUUAAUUUGCGAGAGGCAACUUUGGGAUGGAGAGGGCUAGCUUGUGUGGGUCACCAGGAUGUAGGUCACCUGAGAAAAAGGGGUAAAGAAAAAGAGAUCUAGGUGAUUAGAGCUAGUGGUUCUCGGCUCUUCUUUUAUGAUGCUUCAUUAUGUUUCUCAUUUUUAAGAAACUGAUAUAAAAUCUUCUGCACUUUCAAAAUAAGAUUCCUUUUAUCGACCUAAGAUUACAUAACCAGAAAACUCUUUUUUUUUUAGAGCAGCAGUAUAUCUGAAGCUGUGGCAUUCUUUUGCCAAAAUUAAUUAGAGCUGUUUUGAGGAUUUCAUUCUUGUCUAAGAAAGUGCCAUAUGAGAUCACUGAGCGAUAAUUGAAAUUCCAUCCUAAAAAGUUUCAUUCUUUUAGCUUAUGAUUUUGAUUUCUGCUAAAAUGUCCUGAGGAAGCUAUGUUUUAUUCAUCUCUCUGCUGAUCAUACUUAAUGUAAAUGAGGUUUUGUUAAAAUCACUUCAUUUAGAGUAAUUUUUAAUAAAAAGUAUAAGGCUUGUGCUUUGGAAUUGGGAGAGAAGCUAGAUGGGGAAUGGAGAAAUGCAAGUAUCCAGAAUGCAAUGACUGACUAGGAGGAAAAACUUCAGAGGACCAAUGGGGAAAAGACAGAGGUUAUUUCCAAAAGCAUCCUUGGUCCAGCCCCCUUCAAAAGACUCCUGUAUCCAGAGCAACUUGGAGACGUUGCCAUGUCCACCUCCUCAGUUAGAACUUCCGUGGGAACAGGACCAACUUCCCAGAACUGAGAAGAUGACCAACCUCAAUGAACAGCCUAGCUCCAAUCAAUUAUCACUUAGCUCCUCUUGCAGCACUCUAUCUGUGUCUGCAUCAUCGGUAUCUCGGCUUAAGGGUCAAGCCGUCAAUACCGGGCUGUUUCCUAAACUGAAAUACCAGGGAAUGAGGAGAUCAUUUCUGCCUAAGAAAUACCACAAGAAUGCCUCACCUUCUCCUGACUUUAGGACAAAGGCAGUUGAACGUCCGACUUGCUCUAAACAGUUUGUUGUACCUCAUCUUAUGCCCGUCCAUCAAUCAAAAACAGCAGUAAAACUCAAGCGCCCUCAUGGGGUUACUUCAGUCACCAAUCCACUUCCAAAAAUCUCACCAUGUCGUGACUACCGGGGCAAGCCAAAGUUACCAUACCUCAAACAUCAGCCUCGACCUCUGGCUUACGCUAGCCAUCGGGUUGUCACAGCUCCGCCCAUCGUGAAACAAAAGAGGGCCAAGAUUGUGAGCAAACCCUCUGCACCGCCUCUCUCCCGGACCAGUUCUUCAUCACUGCCGCCAUGCCAAAGUCACAGAGAAGUUCAUCGGCGCUCUCAACACCGGGGUAGGAUCACCACGGCUCUGCUAGGAAAAUUGGACCUCUGGCCCAAGAAUCAUGUUACAGAGUCACCUAGUUCUGAAGACCAUGCCAAAACCACAGAUUCAGAAAAAUCAUCAGACCAGUCUGACCUCCGCCCCAAACCUCCCCUGCAAACCUGCCCAUUUUCAAAGAAAGAACGACCUAUUCAUAGACGCUCAGAAACAGCUUUACUUUCUCUAACCCUUAACAGAAACAAGCCUGCACGUCCAUCAUUUACCAAAUUUAUUAGCAGAGGCACAAACACAUAUAUACUAUGGCCCCAGAAUAAGAACACAUCACAAGGUUACCACCAGGCCAGGUCAAGUAUUAGAUGUCCAUCAGACUCCAUGAUCCGGCCCAGAGCAAAAUCUGUUCCAUCUCAAUCUCUGAAAGUCUGGGAGACCACAGUACACCAGAACAUGACCACAUGGCCUAACCAUGUAGCUGCAGCUUCACCAGGCCUUGAUGUCAAGGUCAAGGACACAACUGGACCAUCACCACUUCCUGUCCAGCCAGUUACAACACCUGUACCAGGACUUGUUCAGAGCAAUGAGAUUACUCCAGACCUGAAUGAUCGGACUACAGUUUCCAAUGGCUUGGGACACCAAGACGCAACUUUAGUGAGCCAGAGCGGUAUGCCCCAGACAGCAUCUGUUUCUACAACUCCAGAUGUAGCAGCAUCGUCCCUCCAUACAGAGUCCACACCCAGUGCUGGGCCGUUGGAUAAAUCCCCAUUAAUAGCUGGUGAUCAUAAGCCCAGGGAUCCAUUUGGCUUUGAUCAGCAAGUUAAAGUUCCAAUAAAUCCUCAUACCUUGUUCCCCUCGUUAAUCUUCUCUGAACAAGCAGCUGAGUCUAUAAUUGGUCUAAACUUCCAGGCCUUGAUGGAACUAGAAAAUCAAUCAACAUAUGAAGUAAAACCUGAUUCCCAGAAUCUAUCUCAACCAAACCCAAAUGACCAAGUCUUAUCUUCACCCAUCCUGGACCACCAAUCCAACCCUGUACCAGAUGACAAAGCCAAGGUCAUACUUUCCCCUGACUCACACCAUUGGAUGAAGCUGUCAUUGACUCCAGAUUACCAGGUCUCACGUCUACCAAGCACUAACAAACUGGCUGAGGUCGAAUCAAAAUUCACCACCACCCAAGACUUACUUCCAAUAGAUCAAGAGGAUCGAAUUUUGCAGAUUUUACCUCUACUCAACCCUAAAGAGAGUAUUAUUCUUUCAUCUGAUCCCAGUGGCCAAAAGGAUACUUCAUCAGGCAAUGGUGACCACCAGAUUAAGAUGGCCUUGACCUUUGGCCAUCAAAAUGAGGCUCAUUCUAAGCUUCAGUAUCAUGACCCAAUUGGAGAGAACAGAGAAAUUCCAUGGCGUUUGAAGUACAUCAAACCCUACACUAUUCAGGGAGGCACAUUGUCUGCUGCAACUGUAACUGCUAUCAUCAAUUCCAUCCCUGAGAAGAAGAUAAAAAGUGACAUGUGUAAGCAGAUACUCUUACGCCGGAUGAAGGAAAGUCCCCCUAGGAGACCCGGUCAGCGUAUGACAUUUAGUUAUACAGUCUGCUUGGAAUGUGCUUCCUGGAUCCCGAAUGGCUGUCCUCAUGUUGAGGGAAUGAACCAUCUUUCUGAAACACAGUUGUUGGCCAUACUAAUGCCUCUGCCAGGUUCUGAAGAAAUGGGUGUGAAAUUUGUCCUACGAGUGCCCAAGAAAAAACCCUUCUCCCUUUUCAGUAUGUUAUUCCCUGAGUAUGAAAUGCACUGGCCCUCAUACAAUUCAUCAGAUUUAGCAUCAAGCUCAAACAUUGAGUCCUAUGGAUAUCCCAAAGUCACCCGACAUCAGCCUUCAUUCUUGUUCUCAGACAAUGAGCCCUUUGAAUGCCCCCAACUCACCUGGCAUCGUCCUUCAUCACUCUCGGGUACUGAGCCCUAUGAAUUCCCCAAACUCACCCGGCAACACCCUUCAUUUUCAUCCUCAAGGACUGAGUUCUAUGAAUGCCCCCAACUUACCUGGCAUCGUCCAUCAUCACUCUCGGGUACUGAGCCCUAUGAAUACCCCAAAGUUAUCCGGCAUUAUCCUUCAUUUUCACCUUCAGGAAUUGAGCCCCAAGAAGGCCCUCAAGUCACCUGGCAUCGCUCUUCAUCCUCAUCCUCAGCCACUGAGCCCUAUGAAUUCCCCAAAGUCACCUGGCAUCACCCUUCAUCCUCAGACAUUGAGCCCUUUGAAUACCCCAAAGUCACUCAGCAUCAUCCAUCAUCCUCAUCCACAGGCAUUGAACCCCAUGAAAACCCCAAAGUCACUCAGCAUUACCUUUCAUCCUUAUCCUCAGGUACUGAGCCCAGUGAAUGCCCCCAAGUCACUCAACAUCACGCUUCAUCAUCAUCCUCAGGCACUGAACCCUGUGAAUGUCCCAAAGUUACCCAGAAUCACCCUUCAUCCUCAGGCACUGAGUCCCAUGAAUGCCCCCAAGUCACCCAGCAUCACCCUUCAUCCUCAGGCACUGAGCCCCGUGAAUGUCCCAAAGUCACCCAGCAUCGCCCUUCAUCCUCAGGCACUGAGUCCCAUGAAUGCUCCAAAGUCACCCAGCAUCGCCCUUCAUCCUCAAACACUGAGCCCCAUGAAUACCCCAAAGUCACCUGGUUUGAUUUGCUUCUUGGCAAAGAUUGGCAGCCAUCAGUGAAAAAAUCAUCUAAACAUCGAGUGUCUUCCAAGGAAGAGACAUUCAAGAACAGGGAAGAUGAUGAAAAGGAGAAAUUGAGGUUACUUACACUGGGUUUCAAAUCUCUUCUUGAGAAAUUUGAAAAGCAAAUGAAAAAUUGUUAACCAUCUUUUUUUUCUUUAAAAGUGAUUGGCCUUUUUGUGUGCCUUUGAAACUUA